CAUUCAUGUUUCAUCAUCUUUCAUAGUCAUCUAGGGAAGAAAACAAAACAACCACCAGAGAAGGCCUUGUUUUUGCUAGGGUCAUUCAAAUUUUUUAUGCAAAAUUGCUUCCCAUGGAAGAGAACAAAGGUGUUUUUUCAAGGGCUUGGAGCUGCCUCAAGGCCCUGCCUUGUGACAUCAAGGAAAAGGCGUUUCAGGUUGGAAAUGGCAUUAGAAAGCUGGGACAUGAUGACCCCAGAAGAGUCAUUCAUUCCCUCAAAGUGGGAAUUGCUCUCACAUUGGUGUCAUUGUUAUACUAUGUCAGGCCUAUGUAUCAUAGUUUUGGUGUUUCUGGUAUGUGGGCAGUGCUAACUGUGGUGGUUGUGUUUGAAUUUACAGUAGGUGGAACCCUAAGCAAAGGUAUAAACAGAGGCAUUGCAACAAUCCUGGCUGGUGCACUGGGGGUAGGUGCAAAACACUUUGCAAGUCUCUUCGGCCAGAAAGGAGAAUCCAUAGUCCUGGGAAUUCUUGUCUUUUUACUAGCUGCAGCAGCUACAUUCACGCGAUUUCUCCCACUGAUUAAGGCAAGAUAUGAUUAUGGGGUUCUAAUAUUCAUACUGACAUUCAGUAUGGUAGCUGUUUCUGGUUACAGAGUUGAGGAAAUCUUAGCUCUAGCCUGUGAAAGAAUAUCAACCAUUUUAAUUGGAGGAGCAACCUGCAUAGUUGUAUCUAUUUUCAUCUGUCCUGUGUGGGCUGGUGAAGAUCUUCACAACUCUGUUGCUUCCAAUCUAGGAAAACUUGCAGAUUACCUAGAAGGAUUUGGAAGUGUGUAUUUCCAAUCUAGUGAAGAAGAAGGGACUAAGGAAGAUAAGUCAUUUCAUCAAGGAUAUAAAAGUGUUCUGAAUUCAAAGAACAUGUCAGAAUCUUUGGCAAAUUUUGCGAGAUUGGAACCGUGUCAUGGGCGUUUCCGGUUCUGCCAUGCAUGGAAGCAGUACUUGAAGAUUGGAGCCCUUGCUCAACAAUGUGCAUAUCAGAUUGAAGCUAUUAAUGGCUAUGUCCACUCUGAUGUCCAUGCACCACUAGAAUUUCAAAGCAAAAUACAAGAAUCAUGCACAAGGAUGAGCACAGAAAGUGGGAUGGUAUUGAGAGCAUUAGCCACAGCAAUCAAAGCAAUGACAGAGCCAUCUUCGGCCAAUCCUCACCUGGAGAACGCCAAAGCUGCCGUGGAGGACCUCCAAACCGCCCUCAAAUGUGUCUUCCUGGAGGCUUCAGACCUCCUAGCAAUAGUUCCAGCGGCUAUGGUAGCUUCUAUCCUGGUUGAGAUUGUUAAAUAUGUGGAAAAUAUUUCAGUAGCAGUUUAUGAACUUUCCAAACAAGCACGUUUCAAGACUGGUGAACAUCCUGUGUCACCUGAGAAACCACUGCAGCCACUGAUUCACCGGGCAACCGUAAACCCAGUUUUUGACAGUGAGAGCAACCAUGUUGUGAUCACUGUACAUGAGACAUCCACAGAUUUCACAGAGAAGGAGAAGCCCGGCCAGUAAAUAAAUGUAAAUAUCUGUGCACUUACUCAAGAAUGAAGUGUAAAUAUUUUGUUAAUUCUCAAUCAAGGGUAUAAUUCAAU